AUGGUUUCAAUUUUCGAAGAAGACCACAAAUGGCUGUCCCGGUUGUGGAAGCGUGUUUUUACUGCCAUGCUCUGCGGACAAACUGGGGAAUCCUCACCCCAAAAGCCUCAUCAAGAUCCACCCGAGGAUCACCGAAUCGUGGUCAACGACGACGGGGCCGAAUCCACAGAAUCAAAAAUCGACCACCACCACCAACAACAGCCUCAAAAACACCAGGAUCACCCACGAGACGACUCCUUGUGGGUCGAUGACGGGGCUGAAGAUGAGCUUGGGCCACCUGAGUCCUUGUGGAUCAUCUCCAUCAAAGAGAACCUCAAGAAAGCUGGCCAGGAGCACAAUGCGCGCCCAUGGGAAAAGCUCUCCAGUUACCAGAUCCCGCACUAUCUCAAGGAUGGCAAGGACAACACCUACGUCCCCCAAGUCGUCUCGCUCGGUCCAUACUACCACGAUAAAAAGCACCUCCGCCAGAUGGACGGGCUAAAGUGGCGCUGCCUCCAUCGCAUGCUCAGGCGCACCAACAAUUACAAGAUAGUACCCUAUCCAGACUCGGUGAAGGACGUUGAGGAUCGAGCUCGCACCUGCUACGAGGGGAAGAUAAACAUGAGCAGCGACGAGUUCGCGGAGAUGAUGGUUCUAGACGGGUGCUUUGUGAUCGAGUUGUUCUGGGGAUUCUCCAUGGGUUUCAAGGAACUUGGCUACGAUCAGAAUGACCCUGUGUUCUCGUUUAUGGGAUUAGCGCCUAUAAUCCGACGAGACAUGAUCAUGCUUGAGAAUCAGAUCCCACUAUUCAUACUCGAACGGCUCUUUUGCAUCCUGUGUGGCCAACCCAAAGAGACGGGUCUCUUGGCCAAGCUAGCGUUUCAGUUCUUCUACCCUCUGACGCCUACAAAGAACAUGCUUUACUCCAUUAGUAUCAACAGGCUGGAGUUCGACCCUUUACUCCAGGAAGGCGAGCUCCCUUGCCUUGAAUUGUUCCGGCGGAGCCUCUUGUACCCAGGCAUAGAGUGGAAGCGGAAGCAGGAGCAGAAGCAUGAGCAUAAACAUAAGCAUAAGCUGCAACAGCGCAUCCCUUGCGUGACAGAGCUCCGAAAAGGUGGCAUCAAGUUCAGAAAGGGGGAGACGGAUAGGUUAUGGGACAUCCAGUUCAAGGGUGGGACCCUUAAGAUCCCCCAACUUCUGGUCCAUGAUGGGACAAGGUCACUCUUCCUCAACUUGAUAGCCUUCGAGCAGUGUCACAUCAAUUGCACCAAAGUCAUCACCUCAUACAUAAUCUUCAUGGUCAACUUGAUUAACUCCCCUGAGGAUGUGGGACAUCUCCAUGAAUGCGGGAUCAUUGAGGAUUGGCUUGGGAGCAACAUCGAGGUCGCUGAUCUCUUCAACCAGCUUUCCAAGGAGGUGUUAUUUGACAUCAACGACAGUUAUCUCUAUAAAGUGGCUGAAGAGGUGAACACUUACUCCAGCUACAAAAGGCAUCACUGGAUAGCCAGUCUCAAGCUUGAGUACUUCGACAAUCCCUGGUCAAUCAUUUCCUUAAUUGCUGCUUUCAUUUUACUUGUGCUUACUUUCACACAGACCUUCUAUGGAGCCUAUGGCUACUACAGGCCGCGCUCUUGA